GGGAGAGGUAGUGUGAAUGUGAGUGAGUGAGUGAGCCACCGGGGAAGAACUAUGGAAGGGGUCGCUGAUCGGCGGCGAUGGCGGCUCUGUCCCCUGUACACGGGGUACGGACACUCGGUGAGACGUCUCGUCGGCAACUACAGCUCCUUCUCGUUGGUGGCUUCGCUGCUCUUAUGUCUCCCGGCUCUUGGCAGCCUGUCUGAUGAACACUUUUCAGGUGAUGCAGCAUUGUUGGGCAGGAUACACAAGCAAAAUCCAGACAUUAAUGGCACACUGGAUUCUGCCUUAAUAAAGCAAAAUGGGGGAGCCACAAUAAGCAGUACUUCUGUGGAAUCAGCCUUGCAGUCAAGUUUGAACAUAAAAGCAGCAAUCCAACUAAACUCUGAACAGACCUUUACGCAAGUAAAAAAUCAGACUUGGUCAGGAAAGGUUGUGUUGUCUGAUUCCUCUGAAUCUUUAACCAUUUAUAACUCACAAGUCACCCUUUUGUCAGAAUCAAUUACAACAGUCACUGAAGAAUACCAGCCAAUUACAUCACUGCAUUUACUUACACCAACAUCAUCUUCAUCAGUAAUUCCAUUUAGCUUUCUGAGAAACAGUGCCACUGGGCAAUCUUCAGAACCUGCGAUCUCAUUGCAUCUUUCAAGUUCCGUCUUGGUUUAUCCAUUAUCCUUUAGAACAGUUUCGGACCUUUCUAUUCUGCCAUCGAGCAAACAGUCAUUUGAACCUAUAACUCCUCUAUUCUCUUCAGUUGCAGUCAGCAAUGCUUUCCAACCUGCCAUAAGUACAGCAAUGGCAAAUUUAGACAUGGAGUACAGUGAAACAGACCUGCUAAGUCACAUUGAUGAUAUAUCUUAUAGAACGGAGACCAUCUUUUCUCAUCAUACAGAAGAUUUCACUCAGGAAAAUGAGAUUUCUUCAACCUCAAAUAAUGUUGCAUUCCUCAGUAGCAAAAGAGAGUUUAAAAUCACUGGAGAAUCUUUGGUUCAUCACGUUAAAACUCCAAUCAAAGCUACUUUAACAUCAGAGCUGGUUUCUGAAGCAAGUUCAAGAUUUGACUUACCUCACCUGCCAAUAUCUGCUGAUGCUGCUUUAGUUGACAAUAAUGCAGUAGCGGAUGGAGUGAUACUGACUGAGUUUAAUGUGCCAUUGCUUUCCACUCCCGUAUUUACAUCCCUCUCUCCUCAUGGAGUUUUAGUUUCUCCAUCUAGCUUACUUCUCACACAGUCAUUGAUUAAUGAUUUUGGAUCUGGUGAUGAUCUUGAAAUUAUGCCUUUCAGUUUGUCAAACACAGCUGCAUUUGUUCUGUCAUCCAGUUUGGUCUUUGAUUCAUUUGAUUCAGAACUGCUAGAAUCUGAAGCCUACGAUACCCACUUCCUAGCUGGACCUGUUUCAACAGUUUCUUCAAAAUUAAGAACUUCGUUUGUGCCAUCACUGACAGUCUUAACGUUGUACAAUAAUAGCCCUACAACUAUCUAUCCAGUAAAUCAAGUAUUAUAUUCAUCUUUUGAGGAUAAUUUUGAUAUUAGCACAGUUAGUCCUUCACUGCUGAUGGAAGAAACCCUGGCAUUUGCACCUUCAGUUGAUGAAUUCAGUGUAGCUAGCGAGUAUCUGAAAUCAACUUUAUCUCAGAACGAAAAUGCAAGUUACCCCUCAACAGUGACUACACACUUACCAGAGUUCUUAGCGAAUCAAUCCUUUGAACUGACCAGCAUCCUAGAACCAUCUCUGGAUUUGGUUUCUUCAUUGAUAAAUGCUUUGUCAACAGAAACGAGUGCUGUUCCAGCAACAGAAUACUCAAAUGCAUCUGAAUCACAGCUAAAAAGUUUUUCUGUGUUUGAGACAAUGUAUCUUGAAAAUUUGUUGAGUUCUUCAAAUUUGGAAUCUUCUUUUCUAAAGCCAGAACCCACAACAUUGAAUAUAUUGGCAACAUCUGCUAACCAUAUGAAUCAUGCCGUAGACUCUGAAUCUUCCUUCAACAGUGCCUAUUCUCAUAGUAUUUUAGAAAUGACACCUUCUCUUGAGUCACUGUCACCUUCAGUUGAAGUAAUACAACCCACAUUAAUGCCAUCUAUUUUUGAAUCAAGUCUCACAGAGAGCAGCACUCUAACCAGUUCACGUUUUCUGGCUUCCACAGUUGCGAUCACCACAGACACUGGGCUUACUCCAAGCUCCACUGUUGAUCUGCCCUAUUCUUCCACUUCAACCCUACUGCAUAUUUUUCCCGAUAUUUUGCCAUCAUCUACAGAGACAGUUUGGAUUGCUACUUCGUUCCUACUGAUGCCAUCUCCCCCACCAGUUAGAAACUCUUCAGAUCCAACUCCUAUGACAAUUUUGACUGUACCAAUCACCAAAAUCCAAAUGGACAAUCCCACAGCUACCCCUUAUAAUAGCAGUACAACAAAGGCUGUCAGCAGUACAGCUUCGAAACCCACUUACCCCACAACUACCAGAACAGUAGUUUCUUCAACAGCCCAGAAUUUUGUGUGUGAAGUUAAUGAUCCUAAUUCCUACCUGGUGACAGCAGUGCUCUCUAACAAGGUGACGACACUGCAGGAUGUGGUCCAAUCAAUUAAGGAUGUACUGAGUCAACAUUUCAAACGACAUGUGGAACUUCAGAUUCUCCAAUCAAAACAAGAGCUCACAUUCAUGGUAACUGCCGGCUCCGUUGUUUUCUCUGGACCAGCUGUGCUUAAUUCGCUCACUCAAUCUGCACUUGUUAGUGGCAACGCCCCACUCAUCCUUUCCCUCCAGCCAGCUCUAUCUGUGCCAGACCAUCAGGCUCAGGUUAAAAUUGUUCUUCAGUUUGUCCCUCGUUAUGUUGACGUGAGAUUUUGCAACUUCACUCAGAGAAUUGAGAAAGGAUUGACUAUGGCAUUUGCAGAAGUUUACAGAAGACGACAAGAAAGAGAAGGCUUCACAGUCCAGAUUGUAAAUGUUACCCAUGCUGCCGAGAAUUUUGGAGGAUUGCGGCAAGGUCCUGUAAAUAUAACCUUCGCUAUCAACGGUAGAAGAGGCUUCCUGAAUGGCUCAGAUGUGAGUGACUUGCUGAGGAUACUGAACCUGGUGGAGUUUAGUUUUUAUCUGGGAUUUCCUGUCCUAAAGACUGCUGAGCCCAUCUAUUACCCUGAACUUAAUCGGUCGCACCUGCUGAAGGCUUCCUGGAUAAAGACAGUACUCCUAGGUGUGCACGACAACCAUAUACAGGACAAAACCUUCCAGGCUGAACUUGAGCGAAAACUGGCUCAGCUUAUCAGUGAAGCAACUGGGUCAGGAAGACGUCAGAAGCGGGCCAGUACCUUGGGAAAUAACACUGUUCAGGUCGUCAAUAUCACCAAGAUCACUGGUGAUGGGAACCCAACUGAGCUGAUUUACUUUGUGGAGAAACAGAAUGGGGAGCGCCUGGAUGCAAAUGAAGCUGCCAACCUCAUCAAUAAAGUAGAUAUACAGAGAGCAGCAAUUGUUCUUGGCUAUCGCAUACAAGGUGCAGUAGCACAACCGGUUGAAGUCAUUGCCACCUCUCCCCCGACAGAUGAAAAUAAGAAUCUGUGGAUCAUUGUCGCAGUUCUGGUACCAGUAAUUGUCGUGGUCGUCAUCAUCACAAUUCUGUAUUGGAAGUUCUGCCGAACAGACAAGCUAGAAUUUCAGCCAGACACCAUGAGCAAUAUUCAGCAGCGGCAAAAACUACAAGCACCAAGUGUUAAAGGCUUUGAUUUUGCCAAGCAGCAUAUUGGACAGCAUGGUAAAGAUGACCUACUUGUUAUCCAUGAAGGGCUUCCACCUUCCACAGCAAAAGAUGGGGGCACACCAUCUGAGAAUGGUGAUGUGCCCAAUCCUCAGCCUAAGGCAGGCAAACUCUCCAAGGGCCUUCGACAGAGAAGCAGAAUUUCACCUUCAGAAGGCGAGUCUACAGCCAGUGAACAGUCCAGUGGGAGAGAGUCCAUUGAAGAUAUUCCCAAACCCCCUGCAACUCCUGCUAGUGGCAACAGACACACAGUGAUCGGAAAUGGACCUGCUGAGAUCAGCAGGACUGAUGAGCAAUCUUCAUCCGCUUCCAUUUUCGACCACGUUGACCGGAUGUCACGUCCACCUGAGGCAGGCAAGCGGCUACCAAGCAAGAUUCAGCUGAUCGCUAUGCAGCCAAUUCCUGCACCUCCUUUACAGAAUCCAUUACUUCCUGAGCGAGUUACUGAAACAAAUAUAAUAAAUAAAGAGGUUCAGCGUGCUUUGAGACAGAAAUCUGAAAUUGAGCACCACCGCAACAAGAUCCGACUGCGAGCCAAAAGGAAAGGACAUUAUGAUUUCCCCAUCAUGGACGAAGUUGAUACCAUUGAUACCAAGGAAAGGCGCAGAGCCUACCGCAGAGCCCAGAUUCACAUUGAUAGGAUCCUUGAUCCCAGUAUUGAUGGCCCAUCUGUCCUUCUGGAACCAAGGAAAAGUUAUCGUGCCAAAAGAUCUCCACGACAGAGACGGAGACACCAGGUCAAUGGCAGUUUGAUGGAUGCAGAGAAAGAUAGGUUGAUAACCACAGACAGUGAUGGGACCUACAAGAAACCACCUGGAGUGAACAAUGCAGCUUAUGUUUCGGACCCUGACCUGCCUCCGGAGCCUAAACCUCAUUCUCCAUCACACACACAUCCUCCCCCUCCUGCUCCCCCACCAUACAUUCCACCACAACCAUCUAUUGAAGAGGCAAGACAGCAGAUGUACUCUCUGCUCGAUGAUGCAUUUGCUUUGGCAGCUCCAGGUAGUCCUGGAAAAGUCCUGUCAGCAGUCUGCCUUGGGCAGCCAGCCACCAGCACUCCUAUCAGGGGAACCAGAGUAUCAGCUAACAACCACUGGACUCCAGUGUAUGAACAACCCCAGAGUCUCAGCUAUUCAUAUGCCACGAGAUAUGAAGAGGCAGCAAUGAACUCUUCUUCUGGAGCGGGUCACCUGCACAACCAUAACAGUGGAUAUAUGCAGCCAAGAGAGGAGAUGAGACAGGAGCAGUCCCAGCAGGAACCAGUAUACUCAAACAGGCCUAUAUAUGCUGAGGAACUCAAGACAAGAUCUUCAGGACACAAUCCAGGGAUUCAAGCCUACCCAGUAUCACAGAGCCGUGUUGACAACAGAAUUGGGCCACAGCCAGGACAGAUGCGUUUUGGAAGACCUGGACGAGCAGGAGAUGCUGGUUGGUCACCUUAUGAUCCUGAAGAUGGACUAAUGCACACUGCUGCAAACAGAGAUACUCCAAGUACUCGAGAGCACCUGGAAUAUGUUUCACCACUUUUUCAAAUGCAGAAGACAUCUAUCCGUGACCCUUCAGCAGCAUCUUUGCACAUACAGCAUAGUAGUGCUCAACACCCUGGAGUAAGCUUUGGCUCCACCUGCACAGAAGACCUCAUGCCUGGCCAAUCAUCUACAUCGCUCAUUAAAGCUAUCCGAGAAGAACUUCUCAGACUCUCUCAAAAACAGUCAGCAUUUCAGAACCUUCACAGUUGAUCUUGGCAAGGAGGAGCUCUGAGUGAUUUGCUUCCCAUGGAAGUCAAAAGGCAAUCUAGAAUAUAGCCCUGAAGAAGGGGCACUGUAGGGUAAAUAGUACUAUUUACAUGCAAGAAUGUCCAGCACAACCGCAGUUUUUGUAUCAACGUGCUUCCAACAAAGCUUCCACCUUCUUUUCUUCAAUCUAUUGGUGAUAUUCUUCCAGUCUGAGAGCUGAAUCUAUCAUUCAGUGGAGAUUGGACAUUAUUUUUUCUUAUGGGGAAAGGGGCAAGAGCUGGAGCUUAUCCUACACCAGCUAGCUGUUGCAAAAACUUCUUAGAUAUCACUAAAUAGUAAACAUCACCAGCAAGCACAAGCUGAGACUGGAAUUCCCUUGAAUGCAGUCAUCUUUUAUCUGGUCAUAUCACAGUCCUACCUAAUUUCUUAUAGCCCGUUGAAUCCUAGACUGUAAAAUGGGGGAGCAUAAGGGAAAGGAUAGGAGGGGAGAAAGAAUUCACAAAAGUUUGAGAGAAAGAUAUAUUUAUCAAUGGCAAUAGAAAAGAAAGUGGCAAGACCUGAAGAGAUGAGUCCCUGAGCUAGAAUGCAGGGUGAUGAAGCAAUGGACAGUUAGCCUUGGAUAGUUGAUCUUCGUUGUUUUUAAUGUGUAAUAAAUGCAGAAUAGAAAUUGAUUCUGAGCAUGUAGGUCAAUGAGUACUUGAUAGGCAUGGUCAUGAUAUUGAAGAUGAUUUUUAAAUUAAGUAAUCAACUUGAAGGGACACAGCCAACUCUGUAAUUUGGACCAAGUAAGAGGGGAUCAGAAUCAGAUUAAUGAUUACCUCAUGCCGAACUUGGACUUUUAAAAACCUGACAGAGGAGAGGAACGUCCACAAGAGGUAAAAGGUUAUGCAGUUGUUUAGCGCUGAGAAAAAUUAGGAAUGUUAAAUUUGAUGUAAAAAUUUUCAGUUGAAGUGCGUUCUCUUAAGGUGGCUAUUAGAUUACAUACUGACUCUGGUAGAGAAUAUGGUGCAGAAAAUAACUGACGUUUUGUCCUAUCUGUAGGAGCAAACAGUUGUACUAAUUUGGUUGCAUUCCAUUACACAACUCUACAGCAAUAAACUAGGUAAUUUUAAUUGUAUAUACUUGUUGGUCUUCACUGAUCAGCACUUGACUGCAUUUUAAAAUUGCAAUAGAAAGAAACAAAGACCAAAUGUAGAAUCAUACCAGACUUCCUGUUGUGAAUUCACUGUGUUAGCCACACAGUAUCACUGAAUGUUAAUUAAUUCCUGCCUGUAGUUUUGGCUAUUUUUGGCCCUUGACCAUUUCCACGAAAAAAAAGCCAAGUACUGUGGAUGCUGGAAAUCUGAAAUUGUGGAAGUACCUAAUAGAUCAAGUCGCAUCUGUGGAGAGAGAAGCAAGAGUAAACAUUUUAGGUGACAUUAAUUCCGUUUCUCUGUCCUCAAGUGUUACACAAUCUGAUAUUUCUAGCAUUUCAUGCUUUUGCUACCACUUCCCUUAGUAGAAUAAAUUGAAAAUUACCUGAUCACAAGAUUAGACGAAUUACAAGGUUAUACUGGGUAGAUUCCAAUAAUUAAACUGAUGUUCCCUCACGAUCAUUAAGAGCUGUAACAGAGUUGCUGAAAUGACUAUGAUCAGGGUCACUGAAUUUCUUUGGAUGAAUAGAUCAAAUUCUUUUCUUUCCACAUGGGAUUCCAUAAUCUUUACAAGUAUGUUGAUGAUAUAAUUCUGUACCGCUAUCCAUUAUUGGGUGGCCUCGUUGUCAGUAUGUAUAUGCACCAUGGUUUUGUUCUGUUAUCAGCGGAUUGUUUGUCAACGCCCUUGAUCAUAAACACACUCAAUACAUGGUAUGGUUCACACACUAACGGAGGUGAUGAGGAUCACCUUUAUUCUGGGCUAAGUACUGUGUGAGCACUUAACUGGUCAGCAGAUGGCCUUCCCCAGGAUCCCAAGGUUGGAAGUCCCACCUGACCAGCCAGCUGCUGUAAGAAUGGCAGUAUCACCUGGCAGGCAGCAACUGCUGCCAGGUCAAUUCCCAUCCAAGGACUGAAAGGUAAACUGCAAAAUAAUGGAUUUUGUCCAAGUCAACUGGAUCCAAACCCAUUGUAAAUGACUGAUGAAGCUUUUUGAAUUACGAUCAGUAUUAUGCUGUUCUGUAUUGCUUUUAUAGGAUGACAGGCCCUCUCACAACCAAUAGACUAUUUUCUGCCUAUGCAAAAGACUUUAAUAGUUAGAGGGAAAAGAUGGAGUAGUGGUAAUAUCACUGAACUGGUUAUCCCGAGUCCCAAGCUAAUGCGGUAGAAAUAUGGGUACGAAACCCACUACAGCAGUUAGUGGGAUUUCAAUUCAAUUAAUGAAAUCUGGAGUUGAAAGCUGGUCACAGUGACGAGAACUAUCACCGAACAUUUCAAAAAUCCAGCUGGUUCACUAAUGCCCUUUAGGAAAGUUAGUCAUCCUUGCCUGGUCUGAUCUACAUGUGAUUCCAGGCCCACAGUGAUGUGGUUAACUCUUAAUUGCCCUCUGAAAUGGCCUAGCCGGGGUGAUUAGGUUUGGACAACAAAUCCUAUCUUUGCAAGUAACACAUGCCAUGAAAGAAUAGAGAAAUGUAUUUCAUGUAACUAAUCAGGUUUGGCAGUUACCUAGCUGUUACAUGUAGCAACUGGCAGGUAUUCUAUUGCUGUGUGCUUACUCACAGAACAUAAUUAACUUCACUUUGUUGUUUAGAGAAUUUAUACAUUUUGGAGUUUUAUUGUUGGAGAUGUUGGCUGGCCCAACAUUUUUUGUAUGUGUUUUGAGUUAGAUUUUCUUAUAUUUAUUUUACAUGUCUUUCUACUGACAGCUCUCCAUGUUUUACAAUGUAUUUUCUACUCUGCAUGUUUCAUACUGGCAUUAAUUCAAUAGCAAUGUUUUGCCUCAUUUAUACUUUACCAUGUAAUGUUACAGAGUUCUUGCACAAAUCCAGUGCAUCUGAAGGGGUUAUAUUGGCCAUGGUAUCAUUUAAUGCAAAUAUGUGUUUAGCUAUUGAAGGUCACAUGCUGCAAAAUUGUCCCCUGAUGAUUUAAAGAUGGUAGUUGACAUGAUAUUAAGACCGAUCAAGAAAGCCCCAGAGUUGACUAUUUGGUUUCUGUUCACUUAACAGAACUUAGCUAAGAGCACCAUUUAGGUAGAUGCCAUGAUGGACCUGUGUUCCUGUUACGGCAGUGAUCAAGAAGUCCAAUUUCUGAUCUCACAGACUAUAAAAAGCAUCUGAAGUAACUCGACGGUCUAACUCGAAUCUCUCAAAGCAUUCUUACAAAAAGUAGUGGUUAGGUACGAUAUCGGAGACAAAUGGAGACAAAUGCAAGUGAAACUAUAGCACGAUCAGGAAUCAGCAAAAAGAAGUGGCAAAAUAAGUAACAUUGCCCAUACUUCAUUUGUUUAAGUCCUAACCUUUUGUUGGCGACCUAUAAUUCAGUGUAAAUUGUCAUAAUCUAAACUGCCAUCUAUUAAGUGUGUAUUAAGCAGGAAUAUUUGUCAUAUGGAAAUGUAAUUAUAGACAUUGUCCUUGAUCCAUCUGCUAAUGUGUUCCAUGUCAUUAACUGUUGGAGAUAUCCCUCUUCGAGACGUUUCCAGGGCUUUGUGGUGGUCACAUUUCCUUUAUCAUUGAGAGAUCUCAGAUCUUGGUGAACAUGAGGAUCACAGAGCAUCCCAGGGGACGUGUUAAUCAAUCUCUCAGCAUUGCAAAAAUAUCUAUUAUUAAUCACUAAUAGAUUCACAGUAGUAAAAAUAGAAGAGCUUUGUUCCUUGUUUAAAUGACCACUAUUUGUGAGAGAAUUCUGAAUGUAAAAUGUAUUGGUAACUUCUUUAUGACUUUGACAGAGUAGUAGAAUAUGUUGCAUUGUACAUGUGAAGUUUGGGCUCCUGAUGAUGGACUAGAGAUCUGGGACCAGUGUACCAUGAUGUUCACUACAGCCACCAGGAGUUUGAAUAUAAUUCCAAUUGUAUCACAAUUUAUUUACUGUUGCCUCUGCUUUUCAAAUAAAUACGUUAAUUCACUGAGGUAAA